CCUGGCUCUUUCUGGUGUGGGUCCAGGGCAGAAAGUCUCCAAAGGAGGGGAAGACAUCGUUUUGGUAGCUGGUGCUGGACUGGGGGAUGUCACAGCUGGGCCUGUCCUGGCUGGGCCUGGGGCCCGUGGCAGUGUCCCCAUGGCAGCUCCUGUUGCUGGCCGGGGCCUCCUGGCUUCUGUCCCGUGUCCUGGCCUGGGCUUACGCCUUCUACGACAACUGCCGCCGUCUCCGAUGUUUCCCAGAGUCCUUGAAACGGAGCUGGUUCUGGGGCCACCUGGGCCUGGUGCGGAGUGACGAGGAGGGCAUGCAGCUGAUGGAGAGUCUGAGCCACCACUUCCAUGACGUCAGCCUCUGGUGGAUGGGGCCCUUCUUCCCCGUCCUGCGGUUGGUCCACCCUAAGUUUAUCGCUCCCCUACUCCAGGCCUCAGCCAUGGCUGUGCCCCAGCCUAUGAAGUGGGACGGGCUCCUGCUGAGUGCUGGUGACAAGUGGAGCCACCACCGUCGCCUGCUGACGCCCGCCUUCCACUUCGAUAUCCUGAAACCCUACGUGGAGGUUUUCAACAAGAGCGCCAACAUCAUGCACGCCAAGUGGAAGUGCCUGGCCUCAGAAGGCAGUGCCCGUCUGGACAUGUUCGAGCACAUCAGCCUCAUGACCCUGGACAGUCUGCAGAAAUGCGUCUUCAGCUUUGACAGCAACUGUCAGGAGAGUCCCAGUGAAUAUAUCGCCACCAUCUUGGAGCUCAGUGCCCUGGUGGUGAAAAGACAACAGCAGCUCCUCCUGCACGCGGACGCCCUGUACUACCUCACCCCUGCUGGGCGGCGCUUCCGUAGGGCCUGCCGCCUGGUGCAUGACUUCACGGAGGCCAUCAUCCGGGAGCGGCGCCGCACCCUCCCCAGCCAGGGGGUGGACGACUUCCUCAAGGCCAAGGCCAAGGCGAAGACUUUGGACUUCAUCGAUGUGCUCCUCCUCGCCAAGGUGGGCUUCUCGGGGAUCCGAAUACAAGAUGGCCUCUCCUGGGUCCUGUACAACCUCGCAAAGCACCCAGAAUACCAGGAGCGCUGCCGGCAGGAGGUGCGAGAACUCCUGAGGGACCGCGAGCCUAAAGAGAUCGAGUGGGACGACCUGGCCCAGCUGCCCUUCCUGACCAUGUGUAUCAAGGAGAGUCUGCGGCUGCACCCCCCGGUCACCGUCGUCUCCCGCUGCUGUACCCAGGACGUUGUGUUCCCAGAUGGCCGGGUCAUCCCCAAAGGGAACGUCUGCACCAUCAGUAUUUUCGGGGUUCACCACAACCCAUCAGUCUGGCCAGACCCCGAGGUCUAUGACCCCUCCCGCUUUGACCCAGAAAACCCCCAGAAGAGGUCACCGCUGGCUUUUAUUCCCUUCUCCGCGGGGCCCAGGAACUGCAUCGGGCAGACGUUCGCCAUGACCGAGAUGAAGGUGGUCCUGGCGCUCACGCUGCUGCGCUUCCGCGUCCUGCCCGACGACUCGGAGCCGCGCAGGAAGCCGGAGCUGAUCCUGCGCGCCGAGGGCGGGGCGGCGCGGGGGGGGGCCAUGGGUUGUGUGAACUCCUUACUGGCUGUCAAGCUGGGGGCCGGCAGCUUCUAUCUCUGA